AUGGUCAUGGUAAAGAUUUAUUUCUUCUAUCUCCGUAAUGAAAUUUAUGACAUAAUCAAAUCCAAAGCAGCUGGUGAUGCUGCAAAUUUUCAUAUUUCUGCUUCUUGGAGCUGUAUCAGCCGCUUUCGCCAAAGGAUUUAUGGUCAUGAGAAGCAAGAAGAAGCUGGACUAGAAGUUCAUCAAUUUUUCCCAUUAGUUGAGUACGGCUGCUAUGAACAUCUUCGAUUUUUUCUCUGCACUCUCUACACCCCUAUUUGCCAAGAAAACUAUGACAAACCAAUCCUGCCAUGUAUGGAAUUGUGCCUUGAAGCGAAGAAGCGAUGUAGCCCAAUAAUGCAGCAAUAUGGUUUCCGUUGGCCGGAAACUCUGUCAUGCGAGACAUUGCCAAAGAUGAGCGAACAAGCGACAACCGGAAAUAUCUGUGCUGCACCACCGGACACUCCAAAGCAAACCACCAAGGUCUCUGCGGGACCAUCUGCGCCAAGGCCGCAUGUCGGAAUCUCUGUACAAGAUCUGCAAAACCAAUGUGAUUGCUCAUGUCAAGCUCCAUUCCAAGUUGUGAAUAAUCCAAAGGCCAUGGUUGGCAAUGUCACAAGAUGCUCCUACCCAUGCGAAGCGCCAUCAUUGCAAGCCCCAGGAAAAAGAGAGCUUAUUUCUGGAUGGAUGGGAAUGUGGGCCUUCGCGUGCUUCUUCCUCUCAGCUUUUACUUUCCUCACUUUUCUCAUCGAGACCGACCGAUUCCAAUAUCCUGAACGACCAAUAUUUAUGCUGGUCUUCUGCCAACUUAUGGUCGCUGUCGGCUUCAUCAUAAGGGUAUCCGUCGGUCAUGAGCAGGUUGCUUGCGAUGCCUACAAGAUCAAAGGAAUCGAUGAAGGGAAUGGAAGCCUAUGCUUUGUGGUUUUUCUCCUCACCUACUUCUUCGGGAUGGCAGCCAGUGUUUGGUGGAUCAUCCUUUCCCUAUCCUGGGUCCUAGCCGCUGCUUCGAAAUGGUCGAGUGAAGCCAUUGCCAGCUAUUCGGCACAUUUUCAUGCCGUCGGUUGGCUACUACCAGCUGCUCAAACCGUCGUAGUUCUGGUCUUCAAUGCCAUAGAUGGAGAUCCUGUGACUGGAAUGUGCUAUGUUGGAAAUACGGAUGUGAAUCACUUGAGAUUGUUUGUGCUAGGACCUAUGAUUGUCUACUUCUCGCUUGGAGUACUGUUUCUCUUUAUUGGCUUCUUCAAUCUGUGGAGAAUAAGAAACGAGGUCCAAAAGCAACAUCCUGGCUUGUGUAAUGCCUCGAAAUUGACGAAUUUGAUGACCAAGAUUGGCACAUUUUCGGUCCUCUAUACGCUUCCGGCUUUAUUCGUCAUUUUAUCGCUAUUUUACGAGCAACAUCAUCGUCCGCUUUGGGAACAAAGCAUCACCUGCACUUGUGCAAAUCGCAAAAUCAAUGCAGGAGAUGCUUCAUUCAUGCUUUCAAUGGUGAAAACAUUUUGUAUGUGCGUUAUGGGACUUACUAGUGGAGUAUGGGUUUGUAGCCGAAAAACGCUUAUCUCGUGGAAAAAUGUGAUAUGUUGCCUAGGAACCUCUCGGGCAACGGCAAAAUACCAACCAGCUGAUAUGCUAUACGCCAAGAGUGACUUUUCAUCGCCUCAAUUCUACAACACUGCCAUGCGACAAAAUCAUCUCUAUGCCGGUAUUCCAGCAGCGGAGAAAUUGUAAAUUGAAAAAAUUUGUAAAAGCCCAAUAUAUUGCCAAAGAUUUGUGAUGAUUAGCAUAAUAGCCAGAAAAAAAAGAACUAUGUAGGUUUUAUUUGUUGAUGCAAUGGCUAUUUUGAAUGUUGCCGAGUAGUUUACUUGGCUGAGAGGUUUUCGGGACGCGAUUUGUUACCGUAGCUGAGUAUUGAUCGCUCUCGGGCUUCGCGCAGCCGCGCCGCGUAAGCUUGCCGCGUUGCCUCUCAGUCGAGGAAACCUCACAAUCUAGCUUAUUUUGAUUGUGCAAUUACUCUUCAAUGGCAUUUCAAUUUUACUUCUGUUAACACAUGCUCUAGCAAUUUUUUCUUCACAAAAUUUCUCACCCUAGUCCGUUUUUCCAAGUUAUAAUAUCCCUUUCCGCGUCUUACUACAUAUGAAUAUAUUUAUUGAUUCGAUAUCGAUGAAUUGUACAUAAUAAGAAUGACUAGUGAUCUCAUAUCUUUGCUGUUUUACUAUUUUGUAGUUACCUCACUAUAUCUCUAUGAACUGGAUAUCCAUAUUAGGUUUUAUGAAUGUUUGCUCUAUCGAUUGAUUCUUAUCCGCUAUCUUUUAUAUCAACUGUUGACUAACUGCGUUUUCUGCCUGCCUCCGAGCUUAUGAUCAGCGAGAUUUGACUUCAUCAUCGCCGUUUUCUAUACGCCGG